AUGUUUAGAGCGCUCGCCGUUGUGUCGCACGUCUGUCCGCGAAGCGGUGAUGCAGCCGUUCGGUUCGCGGGAUUACCCAGCGGCAUCACUAGAGUAGGCAGGGCCCUGGCCGCCCCCUUCCAAACACCAGCCGCACGCCAGCAAAUCCUCAUCAGCGUCACACUGCCCGCUCCCCAUUCGCCCGACUGGCCCAGCAAAAUCCAGAUCGUUACCGACACUCGCUUUGUGACUACUGCCGCCCACCCACUCACGACACUGGUUGCGGCCAGGGUGCAAUCUAGCCGUGAGCCUGUGCCCAUUUUCUGCUCAAGCAUCCAACAAGGCAGAACCAUGUCGGCACAAACUCAUUAUGCCACUGUCAACAGUUGCCCGUGGUCAAAUGCAUAUUCGCGCGUUCCCGACACCAGUCAAGAUCACCGUUGCCAAAAUUCAGCAGAGCUUCGGAUUAAGGUGCCUCGGUUGCUUGCGGAACACGCAGUCGGCCUUACAAGGGUGAUCCCAUCACUAAGUGCCUCCAAUUGCUGGCAGCUUUAA